AUGACGAACCCAUGCGGUGCAUGUGGGGCCUUUGGAUGGCCUAGCAGACUUCCCCACAUUUGCAGAGCCCAGAGCCGUUUUUUCGCUUCGAAGUUCGUAGGAAGGGGCCACAAAGGGGCCACAAGGGGGCCCCGGAGGACUGGGCCUUUCGGCUGGUGCAGCAUCUACUUCAAGGCCGAUUUGGUUGAUCCGCUUGGCUCGGUCCGGGCAUGGGUCACGGCCAGACCGUCGAUCGUCCACUUGGAAGCUGACUCUGCGGAAACCUCCCAAGGCCUCCCAAGCUCGGUCGGCGAGACUUCGAUUCACGGAAACCCGGCUCUGUCUGAGCACCGCCUUCCCGGAGAGAGCAAGCAAGCAACGCCUGUGAGCUACUUCGAGGAGUUAAAAGCUUGCGCCCUGGAGCUGCAUUUGGGCUUCUUCUUGGCACGGCCCCUUGAUCGCGACAGGGCCUACAGGCUCUUGAUGGGCAUCGCAGCACGGGACGAGCUGCUUCUGCUCCCUAGGCGCCGGCAGCGCCUCUCAGGCGCCUCUCGGGUGUUGAGCAAAGAAAGGUGUUCACUGGCGCUCUGUGGCGAGCGCUUUGCAGAAGGACUGCUGCAGCAGGUGCAGGCAGCAGAGAGGGCCCGUCACAAUGUGCUAUGGCGCCGAGUGCAUCGCCUGGCCUUGCGGCCUUUCCUUGCGCUCCCUGCACUGCGGGCACUACUCUUGGAAGAGCUGGCUCACUGCCCACCGAGCCCAGAUGUGCUGGCCGCGGAGUUCUGGCUAGCUCCAAGCUGGAGGGAGCACAGAGCGAUGGGCAGAGUGGGCGUCGGUGUCCGUACUCCGCCUCCCCCAGUCUUCUGCAAGACGUACAGAGCGAAACUGGAGCAGAACUGGAAGAGAGUUGACCGUAUUCUCCUGCGCUUCGCUGCAUCGCUUCGGCUGCUAAGGAACCAGCGUCUGACAAAACGUGGACGGGUGACCUCAUGUCUCGUGAACCUCAUCGAGCGCUUCAGGCGAGGCUCCACGGUUACGGCCUAUGCCUGGAAGCCCGGAUGUCUCAGAGGCACCGAGUCUCCACGCGCCUUCCCCGAGGUCUUGGUGUGGACCUCUGUGUCCCCGGAACGUGAGCUUGCCCCGGGCCCCAGUGUCACGAAAGCAAGCGUCCUGGAGCUGCUUGCAUUUCGCCGGAUCAGGGCAGAAGGCUUGUGGGCAGGCGCAGCAGCAUUGGCCACGGCUCUCUUGAGGCCGCAGGGUGGAGAUUGCAUCUGCUUCUCUUCCUGGACAGUUCACGUCAUGCCGGUCGUGCUUGGCACGUCGACUUGGAUGAGCCUCCUGCCGGAGCAGCUUGAUGCCGGCUUGCUGCGAGUGGAUCUCACAGGAAGGCUGCAGCUGAAGCUGCGAGCCUCGCGAGCCCAGAGCCUUGAAAUCCUGCUGGACUUCUCAUCCAUCGCGCUGCGACGAUCUCUGGGCCCACAGAGAUGCAGCAAGGUUGUAGAAGCGAAGCAGAGGCCGAAGAAAGACAGUUGCUGCGUUGUCUCCCAAAGCAUCGUGCUGCCUGCCCGUACCUGCGCGAUCUCGCGUGUCUCCAUUGCAGCGACGGGCUGGCAACGUGAAAUGAUGCCAUCUCAUCUUGCAGCCUUCGGCGAGCAUGUGGACGGCGGAGUGGAUGCUGACGCGAGCUGGACCACCGCAGUGGUGCUGCGCACUGCGACCGAGACCUUCUUCGUUUUGCAGGCUUUGCCGGCUUUGCACGCCACGGAUUGCAGAGUCACUGGCAAGCAGACGCUGGCUAGCUUCUGGGGCCUACAGUGGCCAGUGCAAGCUCGUCUCGCGGCAAGCACAUGGAUUCUGGGCAUCUCCCUGCAUCAGGCACCCUCAGUCGGGAUCAACUGCAUCAUCCGAUCGAGAUGGCAGGUGCGCUGGUGUCACCGACGGCUGUGGGCGCUCAUAGCACCAAGCCUUAAAGCCGUCAGCCCAUUUCCAGACGGAGAGUUCCCCAAGCUGUAUUGA